CCUAAAUCAUCACUCGAUCUCCAAUCCUCUUUAACCCUCCAAUUCCUCCUCCGAUCCGCCAUUGUUGGAUUUCUCAAUCUCGCCGCUCUGCUAGUGUAUACAUAUUGACUAUGGAAAUGCCCACGCCUUACUCGCCCAAACAAUAUGCACCGGAGCCGCCAAUCCUCCGCCCGACGCCCGGCCACCGGAAGAAGGUUGCAUGCGUCCGGCCGUGGUUGCUGGUGGACUCCGGCGGGCAGGCGCAUGUCGUCGAGGCUGGGAAACAUGACGUCAUGCGCCGCACCGGAUUACCCGCCCGCGAUCUUCGAAUUCUAGAUCCGGUCUUAUCGUACCCUUCCACUGUCCUCGGCCGCGAGCGCGCCAUUGUCGUCAAUUUGGAGCACGUCAAGGCCAUAAUCACCGCGCAGGAAGUGCUGUUUCAGAAUUCUCGAGAUCCUCUGGUCACGCCUUUUGUGAAGAAGCUCCAGGAAAUCAUUCUUCGCCAGGGUUUCAAGUCCCCUCAGAAGGAAGGAGAUGGCACUAACAAUGGAGCAUCUUCGAAUCUGUACAAUUCGGAUCAGCAGCAGCCAUAUGAAAGGUGGAGGGAUACGGACACAGAGCAACAAGGUUUGCAAAAUGCACGUGGUCUGAAACUUCUUCCAUUCGAAUUUGUUGCACUCGAGGCAUGCCUCGAGGCAGCUUGCAGAAGCUUGGACAAUGAAGCGAGGAGAUUAGAGCAAGAAGCGCAUCCGGCACUGGAUAAGCUAACUUCAAAGGUCAGCACACUCAAUUUAGAACGCGUACGUCAACUCAAGAGUCGAUUAGUUACCAUCACUGGGCGCGUGCAAAAGGUACGAGACGAGCUUGAGCAUUUGCUCGAUGAUGACGAAGAUAUGGCAGAGAUGUAUUUGACUGAAAAGCUCGAGCAGCAGGGGGAGGAGCUUGAAAAUUCAUCUGUUUCUUCUGUAAGUGAGAUCGAUGACUUGCCUGGAGAAGUGGUUCCACCCGAAGAGGAGAACAGGGAUUCGACUGAAAUCGUAAUGAAGGGUGAGGAUGGUUCUAUUCUUUCUCAGAUCAUUGGUGAACCUAAUUCUAUCAGAAGAGGCACUCAAAGCACUACCGCGAAGCGCCUGGAUAUAGUGGAUCUAGAAAUGAUCUUGGAAGCAUACUUUGUGCACAUCGAUGGAACUUUGAAUAAACUAUCCACGCUGAGGGAGUAUGUGGACGAUACUGAGGAUUACCUGAACAUAAUGCUCGACGACAAGCAGAACCAUCUUCUGCAAAUGGGAGUGAUGCUGACGACAGCGACUCUUGUGGCUAGUGCUUUUGUGGCCUUAACGGGAGUUUUUGGCAUGAACAUCCAUAUUCAUCUUUUCAGCGAUGAUGCAAGAGACCUACCCUUACGGAUGCGCCAAUUCCUUUGGACUACAGUCGGAGGUACCAUCGGUUGUGUUGUCAUGUAUAUAGUUGCAAUUGCUUGGUACAAACAUAAAAAGCUACUCCAAUAA